ACUGCCACAGCUUUGCUCCACAGCCAGACUCCACUUCAAAAGGGCUUCAUCAGGACAACUCAGCAUGGAGCUCCUCACGAAAACCCUGUUUCUGUGCGCUGCACUCACCCUGACUAAUGCAGCACCUGCGCAACAAGCAGAUGCAGCCGUAGAAGAAGUCGAUCCUUCUCUCCCAAACCGCUGUGAAGGUCUUGAGUUUGAUGCAGUCACUCCCGAUGAGAAAGGAAUCACUUUCUUCUUCAAAGGCGCCCACUUGUGGAAAGGAUUCCAUGGCCCCGCUCAGCUCUCCAACGAAUCCUUCAAGGAGCUUGAUGACCUCCAUAACAUCGGCCAUGUUGACGCUGCCUUCCGCAUGCACGACCCCGACAACGCAGACGACCAUGAUCACAUUUAUUUCAUCCUGGAUGAUAAAGUGUUCAGUUAUUACAACCACACUCUGGAAGAGGGGUAUCCAAGACAGAUCGAGGAGGACUUCCCAGGUAUUCCUGCUCAUCUGGAUGCUGCAGUGGAGUGUCCCAAAGGAGAGUGUGGGGAUGAUGCAGUCCUGUUCUUUAAGGGACAUGACGUCUACGUCUUUGACACCACCACAAAGACAGUGAAGACAAAGUCAUGGCCCCACCUGCCCGUCUGUACCUCAGCUUUCCGCUGGCUGGAGCACUACUACUGCUUCCACGGACACAACUUCACCAGAUUCCACCCGGUGACCGGAGAAGUGAGCGGGUCUUACCCCAAAGACGCCCGCAAUUACUUCAUGAGGUGCCCCAACUUUGGUCAUGGAGGCGAUUAUCAAGUCAUCAAAUGCAGUGAUGUCAAACUGGACGCCAUCACUGCUGAUGACACCGGCAAAACCUAUUUCUUUGCAGACUACAGUUCAAUCUCUUCAGGCCCGAUCUACAUGCGUCUGGACACUAGUCGCGAUGGCCUCCACGCCUUCCCGAUCACAAGGACGUGGAAAGAGCUGGCUAGAGGUGUAGACGCUGUGUUUUCCUACUCAGACAAGAUGUACAUGAUUAAGGAUGAAAUGGUUUACAUCUACAAAGGAGCCGUUCACUACACCCUGAUCGACGGUUACCCCAAAAGCCUGAAGGAGGAGCUUGGCAUUGAAGGACACGUGGACGCUGCUUUCCUUUGCCCCAAUGAACACACAGUUCAUGUAAUUCAAGGUCAGAAGCUGCUUGACGUCGACCUGACCGCCACGCCUAGAUCCGUGACGCAAGAAAUGCCCAUUCCCCUGUCGGACAUUGAUGCUGGUUUCUGCGGUCCACAGGGAGUCGCCGUGUUCAAGGGCUCCCAGUAUUACAAAUAUCAGACCGCCAUGUUGCUGGCAAGCAGCAGAAUUAUCCCGAGGCCCCACAUUAUUACAUCAGAAAUGAUGGGAUGUCGGGAUUAGAAAUCAGAGAGAAGCUUGUGAUCAUAGAUUCACCGGGGUGACACAAAUGAAUAGCGUUAGCAUCGAACAGCAGCUUUUCUUUCUCCUUAUGUAACAAUGAUAUAGACUAUUCAAAUUGAAGCUCAACACAGAGAUUAAAAUAUGACAGGAUCUGGUUUUAUGGACUAAAGAAGUGCGAUAAAGUUGGCAUCUCUGACAUCAUGGUUUAGAAUUUUGUUUAACGAAUAAAAGUGGAAAACAGCA